AUGUCUACCUAUGAGUGCCAGCAUAGUAACCUGGCUCCAGUUCCACACACUCACCAGCAGGCCUUCAGUUCUAUCAGUGUUGUGUUUUCUAAAAACUUCAGUGUCGCUGAAGGAAUUCCUACACCAGGUUCUCAGUCUCCAGAGGGAAGGUCAAGCAGCUGGUUUAGAGAGAAGGCUGAAGAGAAGGCAACCAGAGCUCCCGAAGCACCGGAUGACAGCAACGUGACUGGAGAAUCUCAGUUUACAUCACUCUGUGGGGAAUCCCAGAACUUUCACAACACCAAUGAUAUGCCUGGUCCUUUACCUACAGAGUCUGGAAUCUUCAAAAAGUUUAUUAGUUUCUUGAGAGGAAAAUCUGAAGACGGGUUGACUCCAGAACCUCAAUGGGGGGUCGAAACUGCUGUGGGUGUGGCUGUGGCAGGUGUAAUGGGUGUGCCAACAAUCGCAGCAGGAGUGUUGACUCUAGGACCAGAUGUCCUGAUUCCCGGAACAGAUAUGAAAAUUCCAGAAACAGGCACUAUGACCGGGAUCUUGAGGUGCCCGUGCGGCUCGCCGCGGGCGGCCCGGGCACCCUCUUGGGGGGCGGGUGGGCACCCGGGGCCCCGCGGCGUGGCGAGGGGUCGGGCUCCGAGCAGAGUUGAGCGCGCCGCAGUCUGCCCGCGCCUCCUGGGCCCAAAAGGACGGCAGGCGAGGGCGGCGACCUCUUCUUCCGCUCACCUGGCAUCUACUCAGUCCAGAGCACAACCUCCAGAAGAGAUCAAAAGGAAGCCAGUUUUGGGGAAACUCGGCAAUCUGUUCACGGCAGGAAGGAGAAGGAACACCAGAGAGAGCCCCGCCAGCUCAAUCGCCAAGUCAGUGCCUCCCAAAGAUGUAACCUCGUCCAAACUCCCCGAAAGAGAGAAUAAGAACAAAUCUCAGGGCAGCUCACCAAAGCAAACAGACACGUGCGAGGAAGGCUCCCCCCAGAAGCAGCCCCAGGAGUCCGAGGAACUAGAGGACCAGCACUCGGAGAGCUGCUUCCAGGCAGCCCUCCCUGACGUGGAGCUGCCACCUGGCUCCAGCAGCCCUGCAGCGGCGGCGGCGCAACAGUGCCACGAAAGUGAUUCACCCCAAUUAGAACCUCUUGAGGCAGAGGGAGAGACUUUCCCAGGUGCCACCACCGCUGCCAAGCAGCUGCAUUCCUCACUAGAGAAUUCCUCCAGGCGAGAGAACGCAGAGAGGCCAGCCCUCCGUCCGGGGCAGGACGCUUCGCCGGACGCAGGUGGAGAUCAGGAGGGUGCCCAGGGUGCCGGGGGUGUGCCGGGAUCGCCCACCCAGGAGCGGCCGGGGGAAGGACUGGGCGAGGCCGCUGACAGAGCCCCUCACGUGUGUGCCACAGCGGGCUCUGGGGAGCCUCCGGACGCGCGCGGCCAGCCCCGGGAGAACGCACCUGUGCUACCAGGUGACCCCGCCGCCCAGGGCGCAGAGAAUUGGGCGGGCUCUGCGCGAGCCAACGGCACAGCCGGGCCCCGAGGGCGCGACUCCCGGCCUGGUGGACGAGCCGGCGGUGACUGCUCCCGCGGCGGAAGAUUGUAG